AUGAAUCUUUCAGAUCCAUCUGAUGAUGGGUCCAGCAGUGAUGAAAGUUCUAUUCCGGCGAAACGACAUAGGUCAGACACCUAUGGCGCCUCCUCAACAACCUCCCAGGGAUCAGCUCUUCAAGAUUCUGAUGAUGAUAAAGAAAAGGCAUAUAAGGAGCACAGUUCUGAUGUUCCAAGAGGCAGCAAAAAGUCACCAUUUACUAAUAACGUUCUGGAGAGAAGUAGUAGGUUAAGCCAAAGCAGUAUGAGUGAAAAUUGUUCAUCUCCAAAUGAUGGUUACAAUGAUGACUACAGACCUGGCUUUGAGGAUAAUGAUGAAAUUACGAUGAGAGCCAGUUUCCAUGGUAGUAAUGAAAACUCCUUCUACAAUAAAACAUCUGACUCAUACUCAGAAAUAAGUGACACAUUUAAAAGUGAAUAUUCUGAGAAAUCUAAACGAAUGAUGAGCAAUAUGGGUUAUAAACCUGGAAAAGGGUUGGGUAAAUUAGAGCAUGGAAGGGUAGAGCCUGUAGAAGCAUCAACACAAAAAGGCAGAAGAGGUCUAGGUUUAAAACCUUCUUUAGUGGGUCAAAUACCUCGAGAUUUUAAGUGGUCACCAGAUGAAACAAAAGCGGAAUCAAAGGAAGAAGUGAUAUGGAUGCCAACACCACCAGAUGAGACAUUAUCAGGGGAUAUUUUAGAGGAAUGGUUGGUAAAGGGGCCCAAAAAAUUGAGUAUAGAUAAUGAAACAGAUUUUGUUGAUCCUCAAAUACUUCAGGGGAUUAUAAAUGCCAAGACAAUAUUCGACACUCUUGAUGAUGAAGAUUUAAGAAACGCAAGAUUCAGAAGCAAUCCCUAUGAAACUAUAGGAUCUGUAAUAUUUCUUAAUAGAGCAGCAGUUAAAAUGGCUAACAUAGAUGCUGUAUUUGACUUCAUGUUCACAUACCCUAAAACUCUUAAUGGAGAAAAGAUGAUCAAUGAUAAGGAGAUAUUAUAUUUUGCUGACGUCUGUGCAGGACCUGGGGGUUUUUCAGAGUAUGUGUUAUUCAGGAAGGGUUGGGAGGCUAAAGGAUUUGGUUUUACUUUAAAGGGUGCUAACGAUUUUAAACUAUCUGACUUCUAUGCUGGCACUUCGGAGACUUUUAAUACUUUUUAUGGUGUAAAAGAUGACGGCAACAUAUUUAAUCCUGCCAACUUAGUGUCUUUAAAGGAUUAUGUGUUAGCUCAAACUGAUGACAAGGGUGUUCACUUCCUUAUGGCUGAUGGUGGUUUCUCAGUAACUGGACAAGAGAAUAUUCAAGAGAUACUGUCCAAACAGCUAUAUCUUUGUCAGUGUCUUGCUGCACUGAUGCUCGUCAGAACGGGCGGGCAUUUUGUUGUAAAACUGUUUGACGUUUUCACCAGGUUUAGUGUUGGCCUUAUAUAUAUCAUGUAUAGGUGUUUUGAGAAAGUAUGUAUAUUCAAACCUGUGACAUCUCGUCCGGCAAACUCAGAAAGAUAUCUGGUAUGCAUGUGGAAGAAGGUAGGCACAGAAUCAGUUGAAAGACACUUGGAAUCUGUCAACUCGAUGAUGUGGAAUGAACUGGAUAAAGAGGAUGAUAUUACGGAGCUGGUGCCUCUGUCUGUUCUUACUGAAGAUGAAGCCUUUUAUGAGUAUAUUUUUAAGAGUAAUUGUAUGCUUGGUGAAAGACAAAUUAAACAUCUAUUGAAAUUAGCUGAGUUCAGUAAAAAUAAGGAUCUCAAAGAACCCUGUCAAGCUGAGAUGCGAGAACAGUGCUUGAAGUUAUGGAAAUUACCCGAUAAAGUAAGGACACAACCAGAACGUCGGCCCCCCGAUGACACAAUGCUAAGCUUGCUAGCGAAACUUAGAAAACCCCCGCCGGAUGCAAACAAUGCUUUUGCGUUCAAAAACGCAGUACUUAAUAAACAACCAGAGUAUCUUGAAACUGUGUCUGACUUGGGGCUCCUGAAAAAUGCUUAUGACUGGCACUUGACGUUCCUCUCAAGCCCGAAGGGUAGUCCUGAUUUGCGGAUAUUUAUCGGUUGUGGAGGCAAACGCGUAUAUCAGUUGGAAGGGAACAAUUGGAGAAUAUUAGCGGAUUUGCACAUCACUUUACCGGCGAACACAUUAUUAUAUGGCGAGAUAGUGAAAGAGUUUCGCGGACAAGGGAGCCAGCAAAUGCGCACCAAAGCCUUACAUGUCAUAGAUGCCCUCGUUCUCGGAGGAAAGGACAUAUCUUAUAUGACUCUAACAAAUAGGAUUAAUCAAUGUACUCUCUUCUGUACAGCGCUAGAAAAGCAUUUGAAUAGCCAAUGUCUACCCAUUAGGUGUAAGCGAUUCUUUAAUUUAGAAUCAUUUGCAUCAGCAGUAGCGAACUUAGAGUACCGCUCUAUGAAAAGAAUCAGAAAAGCUGUAACCAUUGAUAUACCGAAACGGAACCAUAGAAAUGAUUUGUUUUAUGUUGUCGGCUCAGUGUUGUUUAUUAAAGAAAUCAAAGAGCCAUGGUCCGGACAGAUGUCGAAGUCCAGACAAGCCAAGUAUUAUUUCCGUAUUGGCAAAGAUGGCAAACCAAUGAGUCAAUUUGAGAUUUUGGAAGACGCAACAUUAGACAUGAUUUCCGCAUAUAAGACAAGAGUCAUGUGGUCGUGGGAAGACGCCGCAAGUGCCAUUUUUGAUGGUCAGACGAAAAAUAAAGUGUCAAGGAUAGACAUGGAAGAAUAUGUCACUCGUAAUGUAAAAAGAUAG